AACCUAGGUGCAAUAAUUAGUUUAUCUCGAGCUGGCGGCGAUCUGUAUGCAUUGGACAGGGAUCGACUGGGUGUGAUGCAUUGCGCUGCCAAUCACGGUCAUGAACAUAUUCUGGAAUAUAUUAUUAACACUUUGGAUCGUACUAUCAUUGAUUCAGUGGACAGAAACGGCGACACAUCUCUUUUUUAUGCUGUAACAUUGGGACAUUAUGAUUGUGCUCGCUUACUACUGCUCAGUGGAGCUAACGUAAACCAUCAGGAUAAUUAUCUCCGUUGCGCGAGCCACUGUGCUGCAGCGAAAGGCCAGCUUCGGUUGCUAAAAUUGCUGAAACAUUUCGGUGGCAGCUUUGAAAUUCAAAAUCGUCGAGGUGAUCUGCCGAUACAUGAGGCUAUCCAAGCUGGUGCUAAAGAUUGUGUUGAAUAUUUACUGGCGCUACAUCCGUCAGCAGUUGAUGCGGCCAAUCAUGAAGGUCGAACAGGGUUGCAUUUGGCUGCUGCCACUGGCAACAUGGAUAUGGUCAUUCUGCUUUGCACACGCAACGCCACUAUCAAUCCGUUGAUGCUAUACAAGGUAAAACAGUAAAG